GACCGGGGCUUAAAGCACUGGCCAGAACGGAACUUCCUUCCUCGCCUGGUCCGACAAAAAAAAUACAGUUGGAGGCUGUUAUAAGUGGGGACAAUGUUCAGCUUUCAGUCGCUGUAUCAGCUUCAGAUCGUCGAACACAGAAGUUUAUACCACCACCGGCAGCUUUUCUAACAUCGAUAUCAUGAUUCCUACAACAAAGGCACUGCUUAUUUGUGUGGUUUUCCUCUGCGGGCUGGAGGAAACUGUCCUCUCUCAGCGCGGACAUUGCACCGGGACUCAAUGUUUUGCACUUUACCAGGAGCCCGAGGACUUUCCAGGCGCACAGAAAAGCUGCGACGGCCGGGGUGGACAGUUAUUCGUGUUCAGCCUGGAACACGUAGAGAAGAUACUGAGGAGUCCACCGGGCGGGCUCAGCGGUAGUUACUGGCUGAAGCUGGACAGAACCGACAGGACAACAGAGGAAGUUGCGACAGGUACCCAAUUCUGCUCCGCCAUCUCGGGACGGAACUUCACGGUGUUGUGGGUGCCGUGCCAUGAAAACCUGAACGGCUUUCUGUGCCAGUAUACAUUCGAUGAGCCUUGCAGUGGCUUGCAGGCAGGUGGGGGCGCACGGGUGAAGUACACCUUGCAUAUGGACGUUGAGGUGAGCGAUUCGGAAACGUUUCCACCGGGAACCAUCGCUCUAGCGGAAAAGGCUGGCGGUAAAUAUCCGGACUCCAAACAUGUCUGUUUCCAGAGCAAGUGGUUGCGUGCUCCCUGGAAGUGUGAGGUGUUGCAGGGCGGCUGUGAGCACAACUGCAGCUCUACACUACAAACCUGCACCUGUCCAGCAGGGCAAACACUCCAUCCCAACAACAUCAACUGCGCCACAGAUCCGUGCGCCGACUGUCCACACGAGUGCCAACAGGAGGGCGACACCUAUGUGUGCAAGUGCAGCACAGGCUACAGGCUGGCGCCGGACGGGAAGCGCUGCGUGGACGUGAAUGAGUGUAAAGAGGAGAACCCAUGCACAGGUGAGGGUGAGGAGUGUGAGAACACCAAGGGAGGGUUCGAGUGCAGGUGCAAAGAUGGCUUCAUUGAGGAGGGUGGAGUGUGUGUGGACAUUACGAUCUGUGAUAACUGUGAGCACUUACUGUGUGAGAAACCCAAAGGGGUUUAUGAGUGUACGUGCAGGACAGGGUUCAGGGUGUCAGCCAAAGACCCCACCAAGUGUGAGCUGAACUGCACCGAUAUUGACUGUCCAGCCACAUGCAUCUCCGCUAAUCAUACGAACAACAUGCUUGACUGUUACUGCCCCGAGGGAUACAUUCAAGACAUAAAGAACAACACCCCCUUUUGCACUGACAUAAAUGAAUGUGAGAUCGAGAAGCAGUGUGAUCACAAGUGUGAAAAUGUAUUCGGUGGUUAUAGAUGUUUGUGCAAUGAGGGGUUCGAGCUGCACAAUGAGUACAUGUGCGUACCCAUCGAAGAGGACAAGGAGGAGGAUGAUGGAUCAGGCUCAGCUCCUCCAUUCCCCACAGCAAUCAGCGUUGAGCCAGCCGCAGUGCCCUCUUACAUCAAGACCGGCAGCAUCCUGGGUAUCACCGUGUUCACGUCGCUGUGUGCGGCGCUGCUGUUUUUAUUAAUCCGAAAAACGAUCAAACGUUGCGGCAACUUUAAACUUCCCUCCUUCAAACACCCAGAUAUCGAUAUUUUCUACCUGCAGCAGGUGACCACAGAGACGUAUAAGAGGUUAUCCUUCGACAAACAGUUCAAAAACGACUCGCAAAUACCUUAAUCACACAUACGUGGAAGUAUGAUGAUUUUCUCGAGCUUCUUCUCAUGUCACCGUGUACUGUUUUCUUUCCUCAGAGAGAUACAAAUUUACAGUACUGGACCUUUUCACAGUUAUCCAUAUGCAGUGUUAAAGGGAAACUGUUUAUUUAUCUGUUAAUGCUGUAAUCAGUCACAUACUGUGAAGUCAUAGUAUAUGUCAUAUUAGUGAAGGCACAUAAAAUGAAAAUUUCAGGCUUUAAACCAAAACAGCUUAAUGCUUUCUGAAAGUAUAAUAGAUUUGUAUAUGGAAUUGUUAUUCAAAUUCACAUCCUCAAAUUCAAUUAAAUAGUUAUCAACCUUUUUUUGCAGAAAUGUAAAAAUCAAUUAGGCCAAUUUUUGGAGUUAUAUAUAACAAAUAGGAUGCUGUUACACGGAAAGAGAGAAAAGUCUAAUAGUAAUGGCACUCAAAAGUGUUGAAAAAAAUGUUGUCACUGUCACGAAUGACAAGAUUCUCUCAUAACAGAGCCAGGUUCGUGUCUGAUUUCACUUUGUUGCACUGUAUUCACACCUCACUGCACUGGAAAACAAAAUGUACCUUGCUCUUGGUGUGACAUUUUCAUUUCUCAUAUCGCAAGUAAUGUAACAUUCCACAUAUUGGUUGUAACUUACUGCUUUUUUAUAGCUACCAAAAUUAAACCUUCAUGGUUUUUAUAUUUAGGUAAAAUAACACUCAACGAUAAAAGGAUUUUAAAAAGUUCUUUUUAGUCAGUAUUUGAUGGUGUUUUUGUGUGUUACACAAGCACAAUGACUCACUGUGACUGAUGUUUGCUAAUGAAAUAUAUUACGUGGUUUAUGACAUUUGUGAUAGAUACACAGUAUAUCUAGUUUCGAAGCAGAUCACUAUUUGUUUUGGGAGGUAUUGCUUGCUAUUGGAACUGUUUCUCUCAUGGCAGCAUGUAUUCAAGCUUUAUGGACCAUUUUCACAUGCAGAUACUUGACGGGUUUGAAAACUUAAAGAUAUUGGUAUUACCGGGUGCAUACUUUGGAGAAAAAGUCCACAUUCGGUUCCAUCUGAACAUUGAGUCAUGACGCAGGGUAACAAAAGACAUUAUUCUGUAUCUGCUGCAAAUAGCACUGAAUAAAACAGCUACAGUUCAGUUGGCUUAUGUGAAAUAUAAUGGAAUUACAUGUUACCAUAUUCACUGAUAAUCUUGACGUGCUAUACUGGCUGUACAUGGCUACCACUGACACUGACAUGAGGUCGAAUGUUCUUAACUUUACUGUAUAACUGACUGCUCUUGGAGCCACAGACGCUGUGCCGCACGCUUUGAGAGAUCAGCUAAACAUGAAUGUAAAACUGUGCUGCUACGGUCUACGUAUAGGAAAACACAUUUGCAACUUGUUGUGAUAUGCCCAGCCACUAUACAGUAUGUCUGUAUAACAGGCAUGUUGAUUUUGUGUUGGUGAAUAUCACUAUUGAAUCAUAAAUUAAAAGACUAAAGGUUGGAAAUAA